UAUGAAUCCGAUUUAAGUUACAUGAAGUAAAUGAAGUGAUGAGCACAUUGUGAAGGCCAUGGAAGUGCUGCAAGUGACCAAAUAUGAUCACUUGGACACCGAUUCCUUUGACCAAUUGGUCUCCAAAGACGUGCCAUUUGUGAUAAGAGACGCCGACUUCGGUGGAUGUCUUAAUCGGUGGUCAGCCGACUAUUUGAUGGACAGAUUGAAAGAUAUAUCGGUUUCAGUGCACGUCUCGAAUGAACCGAAACUGGAUUUCGUGAACAAAAACUUUUCGUAUAAAACGAUGGCUUUGAACGAAAUGAUCGAUAAAUGUCUUAAUGAUCGCCAAAACUAUUAUUACUUGCGAUCCGUUGGUAGUGACCGACGGGCCAGAGAUGUGGCGGACAUCAGGACUCAGUUCCCCAGUAUUUCAGAAGACAUAACGAUUCCGUCGUUUUUAGCCAUUAAUGAAACCAAAGACGAGACACAAGACUCUGAUGGGAAGCAACUCUUUUCGAGCGUUUUUCGCAUUUCAUCGCAAGAUUUAGUUCUUUGGACGCAUUACGACAUUGUGGACAACAUCUUAGUGCAGAUCAGAGGCACCAAAAGAGUGGUUCUCUUCCCUCCCAACGACUCUCUCUUCCUAUACUUAGAGUCAGAUAAGUCGCGAGUCAUUGAUAUCGACGAACCCGACGACCAAAUGAAAGAGAAAUUUCCACUCUUUUUGAACGCCAGACGCUAUGAAUGCCUUCUGGAAGCGGGAGAAUCACUGUUCAUCCCUUCCCUUUGGUUCCAUAACACCAAAGCUCUUGAGUUCAGUAUUGGAAUGAAUUUCUUUUGGAAAGACAAACAAUUAUCGCAACAAAAUCUCUACAAUAAGAGCGAUGUUUACGGCAAUAAAGACUUAAAUCCAGCCAUCGAUGCCUUCACUAAUUUAGACAAAGCUAUGAAACAUAUCGACAAAAUGCCGCAAAAGUUUAGACAAUUUUAUUUACGGAUUCUUAUCAAUAAAUUACAGAAGAAAUUAACUUAA